AUGCCUACAACUUGUGUAAGUUGUGGUCGCGUUCGUGAUGUAAAUAUUAAUUUAACCAAUUGGCAAAGACAUGUUAAUGCUUGCAAAAAGCGAAAAUCAUCAAAAAAUUAUAACAACCACACACUGACAGAAUUUUUGAUUCCAAAAAAACCAAAAACUCAUCAGGAUAAUGAUUUCAGUAAAAUUACUAAAGAAAUACAUGUGAAUAACACUGUUGCAACAACAGACAUCAGUAAAGAAAACAGAAUCAAUUGUAACAACGCAGUUGAAGGAUUCAGUGAAAAUAUUGCUGAAUCAUUAUAUAGUAAAAAUGAAGGUAUAGAUUUAAAAGUUGUCACUGAAGAUACCAAUCCUACAGAUUUCAGUAAAAUUACUAAAGAAAUACAUGUGAAUAACACUGUUGCAACAACAGACAUCAGUAAAGAAAACAGAAUCAAUUGUAACAACGCAGUUGAAGGAUUCAGUGAAAAUAUUGAUGAAUCAUUAUAUAGUAAAAAUGAAGGCAUAGAUUUAGAAGUUGUCACUGAAGAUACCAAUCCUACAGGAGAGGCUUUUAUUGAUGCUUCUAAUAACAACUUUUGCUUUGAAGAAUAUAUGCCAAAGACAUCCAAUAAUGAUCCAGCUCUUAUUCCAGAAAAUGUAUCUUCUAAUCAAUUAUCAUAUUUUGUUGAAUUAGGACCAUGUCAACCUAAUCCUUUAGAAUUAGAAGAUAAAUUGUUUGGGUUGCCAAAGGCAAAGAAAACUAAUAUUGUUUCAAAUGGUUCUGGAGAUUGGAAAAAUAUUAGUAGAAUUAUAGAAAACCAUGAAAUACUCCCAGAUCAUUUGCAUUCUGAAAUUAGUAGGAGCCUAUUCUCAAAAAACCUUAGAUUAGAUUUAAAGCUACCCUUGGUGCUUUCUGCGAAUCGGCAAGUAGCUGAAAAUCGGCAAGUAGUUAAAAUCAUUAUUGAUGCAAUUAUAUAUACAGCACGGCAAAACAUAGCUUUGAGGGGCCAUGAUGAAAGUAGAAAAUCACUUAAUAAAGGAAAUUUUUUGGAAUUAGUUGAUCUAUUAGCAAACUACCAUGCACCAUUACAAAUACAUCUUGAUAAAAUUAAUGCUAAAUCCCAUAACCGUCUUACAUUCAUGUCAAAUGUCACACAAAAUACCAUACUAGACAUUUUAAAAGAACAAAUACGUUCUUCUAUUAUAAAUGAAAUUAAAAUGUCAAAAAUGUUUUCUAUUAUAAUUGAUACUACCACUGAUGUUGCCAAUCUUGAACAAUUCACUUUGAUUGCUAGAUACGUUUUUGAAGGGAUUAUUCAAGAAAAACUAAUUUCUCUGGUAACAGCUGAAGAUGGAACGGGAAGAGGAUUAUUUGAAGUAUUUUGUAAUAUUUCUAAAAAAUAUGAUUUGAAUUGGAAAGAACAAUUAUAUGCUCAAUCAUAUGACGGAGCAGCAUCGAUGCAAGGUGAAUAUUCAGGCCUCCGCACAUUAAUUCAGCUAGAAAAUCCAAGGGCAAAAUACAUAUGGUGUUUUGCACACCGCUUAAAUUUAGUUAUCGUAGAUACAGCUGAUUCUAGUGUACACACUAGACAAUUUCUUGGUGAUCUUCAAGCAUUAAUUGGAUUUAUGAGAGCUAGAAAGAGAACAUCGGAGUUUGUUAAGUACCAAAAACUCAUUUAUCCUACUGAAAGAAUCCGUAGAAUAAAAUCAUUUUCCACAACGAGAUGGACUUCUCAUGACCGUGUUAUCAUUGUUAUUUUUGAAAAAUAUAAAGCAUUAUAUGAAACUUUAGAAUGUUUACUUAAGUCAACUGACAGAGUUACAUCAUCUGGUGCAAAGAAUUUUCUGAAUGUAAUAUCAUCGUUUGAUUUUGUUAUAACAAUGAUAUUAUUAAGAAAAAUAUUUUCUAUUACAACACCACUAUCAAACUACUUACAAUCUAAAUCAGUAGACUUUAUUGAAGCUCUGCGUUUAAUCAAUACUUCUAAAGAACAAUUAGCUAAGAUGAGAAGUGACAAAAAAUAUGAGGAAAUGGUAAAAGAAGCAAAACAAUUUGCUAACAAUCAUAAUCUAACAGAAGUAGACUUUAAAGAAUCAAGAAAACGUACUAAAAAAAUUUUACCUGGAGAAAAAGCUUCCGAUGAAGUACAGAGCUCAUCAUUCGACAAGUAUCGAUGUCAUACAUACUUUACAGUUUUGGACAAAGUAAUUACUUCAAUUCAAUCUCGAUUCAAUGACUCUAACAAUAUAUUAAAAGAUUUUACACUUUUAUCACCAGAAAGAUUAAGGAAAUUAAAAAAUGAAAAUCAACAUCUUCCUCAAGAUAGUUUUGCUGACCUAGUGGCUUGGUUACCAGAAAUUGAUAUAAAUCAACUACGUAAUGAGUAUAUUAUUUUUUCUAAAAGUUUUGAUGAUCUUACAUCAGGUAUAGAUUUACCUACUUUGUUGCAUUGCCCAGAAUCAAUUUCAUCAAGUGAAAGUUGUGAAGAAGAAGAAAAAAAUAUAACUCAAGAUGAACAAAUUAAUAUGACAAAAAUUGGUGUUAGUACUAUUCUUUAUACAUUGUCCAAGUAUGAUUUGUCAGCAGCGUUUCCCAAUUUGUAUAUAGCAUACAAAGUCUUAGGGACUAUACCAGUUACAUCUGCAUCUGCGGAAAGAUCAUUUUCCAAAGUUAAACUUAUUAAGACACGUUUACGUUCUACAAUGGAUCAGGGACGUUUGGAAAGCUUAAUGUUUUUGAGCUGUGAAAGGGACAUCAAAAUUAAUUAUGAAGAGACAAUAACACUCUUGGGAAAAUCAUCCGAUGUGUUAAAAAAAGCAUUAUUAUUUAAAUGA